AACUUUGACAAUGACUGUGACUACCUAUGGCUAAAGAGCAGCACUCCCGAGUCAAUCUACCAUCAUGGGAGAGUCGGGAUCAAUACAGACAAGCCAGAGGAGGCACUGUCGGUCAAUGGCAAUAUCAGAGUCACUGGCUGCAUCGAACACCCUUCAGACAUGAGGAUUAAAACUGACAUUCUACCGGUUGAUAGCAGUAGACAGCUGGAGAGAGUUUGUCAGAUGAGGCUGUACCAGUACCGCUAUAAGGACGGAGUAAUGAGAGGGGCAAACCCUUCAAACGAGAGCAGGCAUCAAGUCGGUGUCCUUGCUCAAGAACUGAGAGAUAUACUGCCAGAUGCCGUUCACGAAACUAACACGGACGUACCGUUGUCCGAUGGAGGCACAGUUUCAAAACUCUUAGUCAUCAACAAGGACAGGAUACUGAUGGAGACUGUUGGAGCUGUUCAAGGACUAAAGAAGAUUGCUGAUGAUGUAAACCACAGGUUGGACAGCCUUGAAAAAGGCUUCUCACAGACACAUACUCUGAAGAAUUCUAAAGACAGAUUCAGCCGUGAGGGAACUGGAGAAACA